AUGUCCAACGCAGUCUUCCGCCUCACCCAGCCUGGCGGGUCUUUCCAGACCGGAGGUCCAGUGAUCUCUCGUGUCUCCCGUGUCAAGACUGCCACUGUGACCAUCACUGCCACCGACACAAGCCAAACAACAGUCCUGGACAGCGGCUCGUCGGUGCCGUUGUCGCCCAAGGACACCCCCACUGUCACCGCCUCGCCCAUGCUUUCCGCCACCUCAACGUUCAUCGCUACGACGGCGACAGCUCCGUCAACCGAAGCGAUCACUCCCCAGCCCACAUCGACUGAUUCCACUCCGGCGGCGUCCCAGGUAUCGCUUCCGGUCACUACCCUUAUUGCCAUCAUCGGCGGCACAAUUGGGGGCAUCCUUUUUCUUGUCUUCUGCAUUGCUGUCGCUCAGGCCUUCGCGCGCCGAAGACAUAUCAUCCACCAGGAGACCGAGAGUCCCGGCCGCGCCACCAACACUCUCGAGAAGGGAAGUACUCCCGGCGGACAGCAGCAACACCGCGUCAACGACGGCAACAUCAGCAUCCCGCACCCCUCGCCGAGUGCGCAUUCGGAGCUCAACAUAGCUCAGCCAUAUCAGACGGCUUGCAUUGUUCCCGAUGCCAAUGUUGGAACCUGGCCAGCCGCGCAUGACUUACAUCCAAAACAGGUCAUUGCCGAGCUUCCCGCUGCGUCCCACGCCGGACACUCACAACAUGAUCAUCGAGGAUGA